CUGUCCAACCGUCCUGUGUGAGUGACAGCUGGGAAGCCUCCGCCCAGAACCGCUACAGCUAGGCGGACUGACUACAGCCUCCACCCGCUACCGGGAGCUGCAGGAAUGACCGACAAUAUCCCCCUACAACCCGUGAGGCGGCCGAAAAGAAACGACAGUAAACACAGAAAUGGGUGCUGCCCGUGGUCGAGAUGUUGUGGCAUGGGUGACUUCCGUCCCCGCACCGUGUGGCUCGGCCACCCAGAAAAGAGGGAGCAGAGGUACCCAAGGAAUGUCAUUAACAACCAGAAGUACAACUUCUUCACCUUCCUGCCUGCGGUGCUGUUCAAUCAGUUCAAGUACUUCUUCAACUUGUACUUUUUGCUUUUGGCCUGCUCUCAAUUUAUCAAGGAGCUACGGUUAGGUGCGCUCUACACCUACUGGGUCCCUCUGGGUCUUGUUUUGGCGAUUACCAUCAUGAGAGAAGCAGUUGAAGAAAUAAGAUGUUACCUCCGAGACAAAGAAGUGAACUCUCAGAUUUACAGCAAGCUUUCAACGAGAGGCACAGUGAAGGUGAAAAGCAGCGGCAUUCAAGUUGGAGAUCUUAUAAUCGUGGAAAAGAACCAGCGUGUUCCUGCUGACAUGAUCUUUUUAAGGACCUCUGAAAGAAAUGGCUCCUGUUUCCUGAGGACUGACCAGCUGGAUGGAGAGACGGACUGGAAACUACGCCUCCCAGUGGCCUGCACACAGAGACUGCCCACUGCUGCCGACCUUCUACAAAUCAGAUCAUAUGUGUAUGCAGAGGAACCAAAUAUUGAUAUCCAUAACUUUAUUGGAACUUUCACCAGGGAAGAUGGAGACCCGCCAGUCAACGAAAGUCUCGGCAUUGAAAACACCCUGUGGGCCAGCACCGUUGUGGCCUCUGGCACGGUGGUGGGGGUUGUGAUUUACACAGGCAAGGAGCUGCGCAGUGUCAUGAACACCUCCAACCCAAGGCACAAGGUGGGUUUGUUCGACUUGGAAGUGAACUGUUUGACCAAGAUCCUGUUCGGGGCCCUUGUGGUGGUGUCUCUGGUCAUGGUGGCCCUCCAGCACUUUGCUGGACGUUGGUACCUCCAGAUCUUUCGCUUCUUGCUGCUCUUCUCUAACAUUGUGCCCAUUAGUUUGCGUGUCAAUCUGGAUAUGGGAAAGAUGGUCUUCAGUUGGAUGAUUAAGAAAGACUCCAAGAUCCCCGGGACGGUGGUGAGGGCUAGCACCAUACCUGAACAGCUUGGACGCAUCUCCUACCUGCUGACUGACAAAACAGGAACUCUAACUCUAAAUGAAAUGGUGUUCAGGCGCCUCCAUCUUGGAACUGUGGCAUAUGGGAUGGACUCGAUGGAUGAAGUACAGAGUCAUGUUUUCAGCGCCUACACGCAGCCCACCCAUGACCUUCCAGCCUCCAGGGCUCCAGCAGCCACUAAGGUCCGCAAGACUAUCAGCAGUAGAGUCCAUGAGGCCGUGAAGGCCAUCGCCCUGGUGCACAACGUGACGCCCGUGUACGAGGCCAACGGUGUGACAGACCAGGCCGAGGCUGAGCAGCAUUAUGAAGACACAUGCAGAGUCUACCAGGCUUCCAGCCCAGAUGAGGUGUCGCUGGUGCAGUGGACUGAGAGUGUUGGCCUGACACUGGUGGGAAGAGACCAGUCCUCCAUGCAGCUGCGGACCCCUACUGGCCAAAUCCUGAACUUCACCAUCCUGCAGAUAUUCCCCUUCACCUACGAGAGCAAGAGGAUGGGCAUCAUAGUGCGAGUGAGUGCCAAGAUCCUUUAG